AUGGCUAAUGACAACCGCACACGGAUCACAGAGUUCAUUUUCACCGGCCUCAAGUUCCCUCCUCAGCUGCAGGUCUUUCUUUUCUGGCUCUUUCUGCUCUUCUACCUGGUCACCAUGACGGGAAACCUGGGCAUGAUGGUCCUCAUCUGCCUGGACUCCCGCCUCCACACGCCCAUGUACUUCUUCCUCAGCCACCUGUCCUUCGUGGACAUCUGCUUCUCGACCGCCGUGGGUCCCAAGAUGCUGGCUGACUUCUCGGAGCGGAAAGCCAUCUCUUUCCUGGGGUGUACCUUGCAGCAGUGGUUCUUCGGCUUCUUCGUGGCCAUCGAGUGCCUUCUCUUGGCCUCCCCGGCCUAUGACCGCUACGUGGCCAUCUGCAACUCGCUCUUGUAUGCAGUCGCCAUGUGCCAGCAGCUGUGCACCCAGCUGGAGGCUGGACCCUACGCGGCGGCUUUCCUGAACACCAUGACCCACACCACGGCCACAUUUCGACUCCCCUUCUGCAGCUCCAACAUCGUCAACCACUUCUUCUGCGACAUGUCCCCUCUCCUCUCUCUGGUCUGUGCUGACAUCCGCAUCAAUAAACUGCUGGUGUUUGUGGCCGGAGCUGUCCUGGUGGUCAGUAGCCUGACCAUUAAGAUCUUCUACUUUUACAUCUUCGUCGCCAUCCAGAGGGUCCGCUCAGCCGAUGGCAGGCGCAGAGCCUUCUCCACCUGCUUGUCCCACCUGACGGCCGUCUCCAUCCUGUAUGGGACCCUCUUCUUCAUCUCCGUGCGGCUGGGUGCCAUUUCUUCCCUGGACCUCAACAAGGUGGUGUCGAUGUUCUACACAGAGGUGAUCCCCAUGCUGAACCCACUCAUCUACAGCUUGCGGAAUAAGGAGGUGAAAGCUGCCGUGGGUAGGACCAUCACCAAGGGCAAGUUUUUCAUCAAAAAUUAA